AUGCUCUCAGUGAUCUUCACGCUCCUCAUAGUAAUCGCUUGCGCUACAGGGCAAAAUGGGCUCUUCGCAUGUACGAAUGGAUAUUGUGUAUUCGAGGACAGAGGAACCCAACCAAUAAACUAUGCCUUCGGCCCGGCGACCUACUCAUCGAAUCCUCAUACUAGUAAAUUCAUGACAUGCCAGUACUCGCGACUUCCCGUCGGAACUCCAAAAGGCACGUGCUGCGAUUUUGCUGUGGGGGACGUCGCUUCCCGGAGGGCCGAUGAUCCAUUAAUAGUCUGGCGCAAUGAUUAUGUCAAAAAUGGAUGUCAUGAAGUUCCUUAUACCAUUUAACUGAUUUCGUAACCACCCUCACAAUUAUCAUCGGAAAUUAUCACCACAUCACUCAUCGGAAAUAUCCCAACCACAAUCUCGCGGGUGCCUGAACUUGGGACGUGAACAAAUCAAGUAUAUUCUUGAAAAUUAUCAUGCUAUCUUUUCUUUUUCCCCUGUGUGACAUGGUUCUAUCUGAUUACCCAAGAUUCCAUCGAAUGCUUCCGC